AUGGGUGAAAUUGAGAAUGAAAAAGAUAUUGCAAAAACAAAUAUAGAAUUACUUGAUGAACAAUCAUCUGAUCCACGAUGUAUGACAUCACCAUGGACAGAUUGGAGUCCAUGUAAUGUUAAAUGUGGAAAUAGAUUAAGAAUACGAACAAGAAUCUAUAAAAAUGCUGAUCAUCAUGGAUGUAAUGAACGAUUAAGUGAAAGUGAAAUGUGUUAUGCAAGAACAGAUGAAAAUCGUGAUGAUGAACAUCAAUGUACUGUAACUGAUUAUGAAAAUUCACAUCAUGAUCCAAGAUGUAAAGAUGUUCAUUUAAUUGAAAAACGUCAAUGUCACGGUGCACAUGCUGCUCAAUGUGAUAAUAAUGGAAAUAAAGGUUGUGGACAAGAUGCCAUACAAAUACGUACACGUAUUCCUAUACGUCGAACACGUAAUGGUAGUAAACGAUGUGGACCAUUAAAAGAAACAAAAUAUUGUCAAACAGCUGCACCAUGUUCAACAAAUUUAAAUAAAAACAAAAACAAUUUAGUUGGUGCUAUUAUUAAAAUAGAUAGAACAAAUUAA